AAUUCAGUUCUCGGGGGUUCUCUAUCAGUAAACUCCGUUAAAUCUCAUAUCUCUUUGGCUCUUAGGGCCUUUACUGUUACUGUAUUGAGUUUUAGAGAUUACAAACACAUUACACAAGAUGAAUCACCUGUUCAGGAAGUCAGCUUCGAUUGCUUCCUUGGCAUCAAAGCAGACUCGAAUUGCUUUGAUCUCAGUGGGGUCAUUUCGUUUUGCUCCAGAUGCAAUAGCUACUGAAACUAUUAAAGACGCUGUGCUUAGUGGUGGAUUUCUUUCAUCUUCGUGUUGUGAGUUUCGGGCGAAGCUUGGGUUUGGUUUGGGCGUCAGAGAUUUUCAUCUUUCGACUGUUCCGUUGGAAUUUAGAGCUUCAAUAGCUGCAAGAGCGGAGUAUGCGGUUGAUGAUUACUAUGAUGAGGAGAAGUCUUCGGGGACGGUCGGUGGUGAGAACGAGGAGGGGCUUGAGAUUGCGAAGCUGGGGAUUGCUCCUGAGAUUGUUUCUUCUCUCGCAAGGAGAGGAAUCACUAAGCUUUUCCCAAUUCAGAGAGCUGUGUUGGAACCAGCAAUGCAAGGCCGUGACAUGAUUGGCCGGGCUAGAACAGGAACAGGGAAGACUCUCGCUUUUGGGAUUCCCAUUAUGGAUAGAAUAAUUCAGUUCAAUGCUAAGCAUGGUCGUGGGAGAAAUCCUUUGGCCUUGGUAUUGGCUCCAACAAGAGAGCUUGCUCGGCAAGUUGAGAAGGAAUUCCGUGAAUCUGCCCCUAAUUUGGAUACACUUUGUGUUUAUGGAGGUGUGCCAAUAUCGCAGCAAAUGAACACUCUUGAUUAUGGAGUUGAUGUUGUUGUUGGCACACCUGGUCGCAUUAUUGAUCUGCUUAAGAGAGGUGCCUUAGUUUUGUCUGAGGUUCAGUUUGUCAUUCUCGAUGAGGCAGAUCAAAUGCUUGCCGUGGGCUUUGAUGAAGAUGUUGAAGAAAUAUUAAAGACGUUACCUCAGAAGCGUCACAGCAUGAUGUUCUCUGCCACAAUGCCAAGUUGGAUAAGAAAGCUCACCCAAAAGUAUCUAAAUGAUCCAUUAACUAUUGAUCUUGUUGGAGAUUCUGAUCAGAAGUUGGCAGAAGGGAUUACUCUAUAUUCAAUUGCAUCAGACAUGUAUGGGAAGGCAUCAAUUAUUGGUCCUCUGAUAACUGAGCAUGCAAAAGGGGGAAAAUGUAUUGUUUUCACACAAACUAAACGUGAUGCUGAUCGCUUGGCAUAUUCUAUGGGCCGCAGUUUUAGAUGUGAAGCUUUGCAUGGGGAUAUCUCACAAAAUCAGAGGGAAAGGACACUUGCAGGCUUUCGGGAUGGGAGCUUUAAUAUCUUAGUUGCCACCGAUGUGGCUGCCCGUGGACUUGAUAUACCUAAUGUUGAUCUGGUGAUACAUUAUGAGCUUCCAAGUACUUCCGAGAUCUUCGUUCAUAGGUCUGGCCGAACUGGACGUGCUGGAAAGAAGGGAAGUGCUAUUCUGAUUUAUACAGAUCAGCAGCUGCGAGCUGUCAAAAUGAUAGAGCGGGAUGUGGGAUCCAAGUUUACAGAGCUUCCCAGGAUUGCUGUUGAGUCUGGGGACAGGGUUAUGUCUAGUGAGAUGGGUGGUGGUGGUGGUCAGUUUGGCUCUUAUGGAAGUACAGGAAGUGGUCGAUUCAGGGAUUCUGGUUUCAGCCGUCCUGGCGGUUAUGGUGGUUCUGGAUUUGGCCGUUCCGGUAGCUUUGGUGGUCCAUCAUCAGGACGUAUGGGUGGUUAUGGUGAGUCCGGGUCUAGUCGUUUGGGAUCCUUUGGUGGAUCAGGCUCGGGUCAAUCUGGUGGUGGAUUUGGUAGUUAUGGAUCAAGUCGUUCUUGCGAAUUUGGUGGUUCUGGAAUUGGUCGUUCUCGCGAAUUUGGUGGUUCUGGAAUUGGCGGUUCAGGUGGCUUUGGAAACUUUGGUGGUUCAGAUCAUUCCAGUGCUUAUGGUGUGUCAGGUUGCUCCAGUGGUUUUGGGGAUUCUAGUUCUGGUCGUUCAAGUGGUUAUGGGGAUUCUAGCUCGAGUCACUCAAGUGGUUUUGGGAAUUCUGGUUCAAGUCGAUUUGGUGGAUCCAGUUCUAGCUCUUUUGAUGGCUUGAGCGAUGGUAGUCUUGAUGAUGCCAGGAGGUCUGGGAGGACUUCAUUUUAACUUCUUUGGAUAUGACUUUUUGCUGGGACCCAUCCACUGUUGCGUCCUAACCUCCAUCCACCACAUGGCAUUAGGUCAUAUUUCCUCAUUUGAAUUUAUUCUUCUUUUGGUGCAAGUAGUAUAGGUUGUUGCAUUUGAUUUUCUGUGAUCACACUUGACCUGAAUGAAUGACAAUUGGAAAAUGUUGUGAAUAACAUUGAGAAUGUAGGGUUCUUAGAUGGACAUUACUGUGUGUCUAUGAUUUCUGUUUUAAACAACUGAGCUGCAU